AUGUCAGAAUCCUCAAAUAAACGCAUGAAAUUCAUAAAAGAUUUGCCCAAUGAUCUCGUGGAACACAUCACAUCAACAUUUCUCCCUAUCCAAACUGUUCUACAAAAUCGUGUGGUGUCUAAGACAUUUAAGGAUGCCCCAAUACAAUCCCGAGACCUUGACUUUAGCGGAAUAUAUUCUAAACGACGCACACAAUUAAAAGUUGUACGCAUCAUCGAAGGCAUUUUUAAUCAGCACAAAGGGCCAGAGAUCAAGCGAUUUGUUAUGUCUGUCAAUCAUAUCGGCCUGAAAGAUAAGAUACUUCAGUGGGUCAAAACAUGUCUUCGUAAAAACAUCCAAGAACUUGUGUUAGAUUUCUCCAAAGCCAAAAAAGUUAUUGAGAUCUCUGUUGACUUCUCGGCUAUCGAGACGCUAACAGUCUUGAAACUACGUUGGUGUAAAUUUGAAAUACCGGGUAAUUCUCCAAAGGGUUUAAGGCUUUUGAAGACACUUGAGCUAAUGCGAACCAAGGUAACAAAAGAGAUGAUAGAUGCAAUCUUCAACAAUUGUAUCCACCUCGAAUCGCUUGAACUAUUCAACUGCCGAAUGUACGGGGUAUUGAACAUCAAUGCUCAACAUCAAAAGAAGUUCAAGUUACUGGUCGUGUUUUCUAUGCGGAAUCUCUUGCACAUCUUUGUGGAUGCACCCACUCUCGAAUGUUUCAAGUAUGGUGGAUAUGUCAGGUCGGUUAAAUUUUCAAAAGUGGAUGAACUUAAAGAAGCAAGACUCCACUAUAAUCGAAGUAACAGUUGGCCUUAUUACAAUUCCUUUAAAAGGGUGAUUGAUAACAUGGAAGCCUAUACAGGAGUUCAUGUCCUCGCAACGACAAACAUCUUUCUUGAGGUAAUUUUUUUUUAA